UACCGACGCUUUCGUCGACGCUUCCGCUCGACUGGCGCUCGAAACCCGCGGUUUAUAAAAACAAGGAUUCAACUAAAUGGAAUAACCAAAUUAAAACCUGCGAUUCUCCCAAACCGACGCGUUGGAGUCGGUGUCGAAGCUGCGCAAACACUACGGCGACGUCCGCUUAGAUUAAAACCGCGGCAGGGAACUAUUUCAUCAGAGCGCGGCGGUGGCGUUUUUGUUUGUAGCAAUGUUAGCAGUGGAGUUAGCAGAUGGCUAGUUAGCCAGGUAGCCAGGAGGGGCAGCGUUACCUUGUCAACCAUCGUCAGCUAUCGUCAACUGAACGUGCUGUGACUAGUGUCUGUCCGAACAGCCUGGAAGCUGAAGUCUCACGGUGCUUUUCUGCGACUACAGUUCUCGGAUACACAACAACAAUGUCGCUGUCGACACAAGCUCGUCUCGGGGUCAGAUUUAAAGGAGAGACCAUCUGCGUGGUGCCCGACCUCUCCUCUGAUCUCCUGGAAGAUGACUUCGACCUCAACAAGUCCUACCCACACACCCGGACACCAUUGUGCAAGCAGAAACGUUUAGCUCUGCAACGUCGUUAUUAUCCUGGUUCACUGACAGGUCAACGUUUGGAUGUUUGCAGUUCAGUCGCAACAAGAAACCAGCAAAUCUCUAGUUUACACCCUGACCCCCAAGUUUCUCCUGUCUGCCUGCCACACCCGUCCACUAUGUCAGAGACAGAAGACAGCCUGUUCUGUAAACUAAACUCUGGAAACUUUGGCCUGACAGGAUCGCCAUCUGUCCUGAACCCAAACAAAGUCCUUCUUACUGUCAACCAUAAAACCAGAGAGAUUUUGUCUGUGAACGAACAGGCCUGCAAACUGUUUGAGUGCACCACCUAUGAGCUGAUUGGAAAAAAGCUGGGCUGUUUCUUAAAGAAAACCAGUCAGGUCUUGGAACAAGCAUUGGAAGAAGAUUAUCUGCUGGAGGAUGGAACUGUUGCAGCUGUGUCUGGAAAAGUGGUGGAUGUUGUGACACAAUCUGGUGAGAUGCCGGUGUCAGUGUGCUUUCACAAACCGUCGCCUAAUGAAGAGCCAUGGCUUGUCAUGAUGGAAAAAGUAGAGCGGUUUUCAGCCUUUGUCUCCUUUUCACAAGAUGGCACUGUCCUUACCUGUGACUUUGCAUUUGCGCAUCUCCAUGGAUACCACCACCCUGACGAGUUAAGAGGGAUGUCUGUGAAGGAGCUAAUCCCCUUUUUACAAAUCCCCCUGCACACUCAUGCAUUGCCCAAAAUGCUGAGGGUUCAGAGACGGUACGGUAAAAGCAGAGGGGGUGCAUUAGUCCCGCUGUGUAUCAAAAUUCAGGGGGCUGUUCUAUGUGGAAAACCCCAAAACAACGAAACUGGUUUCACCUGCCCAUCAGAUAGUCUUGAAAGCUUUGAUGUACAAGACAAGCAGCCUUGCUCCCCUCUCACCUCCCCUGUGUGUCAGACAGAAGCCUCACACUUGCAUGGAAAAGAGCCGUCUUCCGGAGUCAAAAUGGACGAUAGGGUCAUUUCCCCAAGCCCUGCGCUGGAGUACUCUGGAACAGUCUGGGUGUUUGCUCCUCAGAGCGGUCUCCUCCUUCUCCAUCCUGAUGGUUCCAUCUUCAGCAUUCACAACCACCUGACCCUCAGUUUGUUUGGCUACAGCAAGGAUGAGCUGUUAGGAAAGAGUGUCACUUUCCUGAUGCCUGGUUUUUACAGAUGGAUGUCUGACACAGACAGAAAGUCCUGUCCAUUCUCCAAUUCUGAGGCAGAGGCUUGUAAAAGUGCUGCCUCAUCCAAAAUAUCAGGAAAAUCUGAUCCGUCCUCACUGGUGGCAGGAGAUAUGGCCAUGGUGCAUCGAGCCAUAAUGGAAAGAACCUCGUCAGGCAGAGGCAGGAUCUUCACCGGAACCGGCACCAGACUGGAGAAACAGGCCGGCACGUUGUCAACUCUCUGCCCUCCUGCAGUCACCUCUACACGUGUGGUUAUGGCCGACGACACAUCAGAGCUGAUGGAGGAGGCGGCCCAGGUCGCUCGCUGCAAUAGUCAGCUGGAAGGUGCAGACAACACUCAGGCUCUCCUCAAGACAUUUGCCUGGGUGGAACCUCCAGAAGAAGAAGAAGGCACCUACUGCCUUAUUCUCCCAGAACCAUCACAGUACGAUGCAGAACAGCACCUCUGCAAUGAGAUUGUCCCAGAAACUCCCACUCAGAGAGGACAUGCUGUUGGCAGGGGGGUGGGCACCUCCCCUACUAAAGAAAAAAAACACCAAUCAUGUGCCUCUGUCCUCCAGGACUCCAGCUAUGAGGUCAUUUCACUGGAGAGCAGGUCUUCCUCUGGCUUCUGUGAAAAAUUUGCUGGUCAUGGUGGAUCUGACCCAGGCCAAGCAGAGGAGUCUCAUGCAGAACAAGUAGAGGACUCAGCCAGCUACUUCCUGGACCUCAACAGUAAUGGUGAUCUGGUGACCCGGUCUCUGGCUGAUCUGAAUCUGAGCAAUAGUAUAGAGCUGCUCAGUGGCGGAGGAUACGGCGAUGAAAACCAACACUCCGUGAUAUCUUGCGAUACAACCGAGCUCCUGCGGACACCCUCUCCAUGCGGGGUACAGUCUGACCAAGAGGCAGAGCCUGUUGAGACUAAAGAUUCUGCUGUGGUGGCCAGAAAUGGUUCAACUGAAGAACUGCAAAAGGAGCCAAAUGAGCAGGAACAGUGGGCAGCUCUCUCUUCAAUUCAUAACGGAAAGAGUGCGGAGUUCCCUGUACAAAUGAAUGGUGGGAUUCAGUCAGUGAGAGACAUUCCUGCAACAUCUACACCUAAAAAACAGAAAGUAAAUGGACACACCCUGUCCUCAGAUGCUACAGAGAUACUAGAGGGUCGAUUUGAAGCAAGUGCCUACCACAGAGAUGGCACAAGAGUAGAUGUGCAAUGUGACGUGUGCAAGACAAACCUCCCUGAUGGGAGCGCGAUGUUCUGUGUGUGGAUGAGUCGGCCUGGCCAGCAGGGGUCAAUGUUGCAAACAGAUCGAUCACAGCACAACCAGUCAGGAGCCAGUCUCGGAGAGAGGAUCGGUGAGGCCAGUCGUGGGGAGGCAUUACGCUCCACCAUGGACUUGGAGCACUCUCGAGCCUGUGACGGACAGUUUGAAGAGGAGUACCAGCCAAUUAAAGCUGUGGGUAAAGGAGCCUUUGGCUUUGUCUGGAAGGCAGUAAGACACUGUGAUGGACAAGAAGUGGUGGUGAAGUUCAUCGGUAAAGCCAGGAUAGUGAGUGACUGCUGGUUAGAUGACCCCAUGCUGGGGCGAGUCAGCCAAGAGAUUGCCAUACUGACACGAGUGCAGCACCACAAUAUUGUCAAGGUCCUGGAAGUGUUUGAGAACGGGAACUACUUCCAGAUGGUGAUGGAGAAACACGGAGAUGGUCUGGACCUUUUUGAAUUCAUUGACAUGCAGCCGAGGUUAGAUGAGCCCCUGGCUAGCUACAUCUUUAGACAGCUGGUGGCAGCUGUCUUCUAUCUGAGGGCUAAGAACAUCCUCCACAGGGACAUAAAAGAUGAGAACAUCAUCAUCGACAAGUGUUUCCACAUUCGACUGAUCGACUUUGGCUCUGCUGCCAUGAUGGCUCCAGGGAAGCUCUUUUACAACUUCUGUGGCACAUUGGAGUACUGCUCCCCAGAGGUGCUUCAGGGAAAUCCCUAUGAGGGCCCAGAGCUGGAGAUGUGGUCUAUGGGGGUUUUGCUCUACACUCUGCUGUUCAGUGAGAACCCCUUCUGUGAUGUGGGUGAGAUCCUUGGAGCCACACUCAAGCCUCCAUUCCCCCUUUCUGCAGAUCUCAAUGGCAUGCUAUGUGGGCUGCUGCACCCUGACCCUGUUCAGAGGAUGACUCUGGAUCACCUGCUGCUGCAGCCCUGGAUCAGCCAACCCAUUUCCCUGGCAGAGUACAGCUGGAAAGAGGUGCUUCCUGCAACUCAGAGCUUUUGCUCACCACAGCAACAAGAGUCCAGCCCUGUUGUUUACAAUAGACAAGGCUUGUUCCCAGAUUAUGGUGAUGAGACUCUACCUAGUGAUGAGGAAGAGGAAGAUGAGGAAGAGAGGUUGUCAAUGGUGGCCCUGGAGACUGAGCUCCAGAAAUACCUCCAUGACAACUAAAGACUGAAUUUAAAGGGAGGGGAGUCCAACCAUCAGUCCAGCAUUUGAUCUGUCACUCUGCAAUGAUCACAUGAAGUGUCAAAUAAGAAAAAAUAGCAAUUUUUUUGCACAUGGAAAUUAACAAACACUAUUCUGUCUUGAACUGAGUCUUCUGUAGACAAGGAGAGAGGACUCUUCCUUUAUGAAGUACACACCAUAAUGAGCAUCAUUGUUAAAAAGUACUCAUGGAAAUAUUGUGAUAGCAAAGUGCAAUACAGGAAUGCAAAAGCAUCGUCUCCAACACACCAAUGUUUUUUUCUUUUUUUAUUUAUAUCAUUUUAUUUAUUCUUUAGCUAAAGGAAAUAUUUGAUCAAAAUCGCCGUAAUGAUUCACAGGGUUCCAGCAUUUGUCUUUGAUCGAUUAAAGUUGAAUAUACUUUUUUUUCUUUACUAAUCUAUUAAUAAGUAUGUCUUUUCUGUCCAUGGUUUUUAAAUGUUUUAGUCAAAAUUGUAAGUAUAUUUACAAUAUUUUAUCUAUUUUUGUACCUGAAUAAAUAUAUUACCACAGAGAUGUUUUUCACAGUAAUAAUCAGAUGGAUUAUCUUGAACUACCCAGAAUGAGUUAAGUUUAUUUGUCUUGCAGACAUUGUGAAUUUAUUUUAAAUGUAUAACCUUUAUACAACCAGUAAACACUAAAUGAAUCUGAAAUGACUCUUGUUUUUAUGUUGCCAUAGCCAAACAGGUGCCACAGCAAAUAAUGUGUGCACUUGGUAAAUAGAGUUCAUUGAGUGUGUUUAAGCUGUGAACUUAUAUUAGAAAGCUUGUUUUGCAAAUACUUUGUAUCGUCACAAGUGGAAAAAAAAAUUAUUGCAAUGAUUUACUUAUACAUGGAAUGGGUUGAAGUUAUAUGUGAACUAUGAAAUAUCUUACUGAUGAUUAAAACAAAUAUC